CUUCGUCCUCGAUACGAUAGGUACCUGCUCAUCAUUCUCGUAUGAUCGCAAGGCGUAACGCUUACUACAGUCUCAACAUCCCCGGAUCCCCCGAUUGAAGCUUGAACGAUACCCCCGCUCAAGAUGGCUUCUCUGAAAGGCCCAGGUGCUCCCCAGAAGCACGAUGGCUCCGGCCUGCGCAUCGCCAUUGUCCACGCCCGCUGGAACACCACCAUAAUUGACUCCCUCAUCAGCGGCGCAAAGAAAGCUAUGCUAGCCUCCGGAGUCAAGGAGGAGAACAUCGUCAUUGAGUCUGUCCCAGGGUCCUAUGAGCUUCCCCUAGCGGUCCAACGAGUCUACGCUGCAUCUCAAAUACAGAGCACCGCCAGUACGGUUGCUGGCGGUGUAGGAAGUCUGGCGAGCGGUAUUGGUGACUUGCUUGGUGGUAGUAAUUCGACAACGGAUCUGCAGGGCAGUCUCCAACCGGCGGCGCCAGAGCCAGAGAAGAAGGACACGGCAUUGAAGCAUGCCUUUGAUGCUGUGAUUGCCAUUGGUGUGCUCAUCAAAGGAGAGACCAUGCACUUUGAGUACAUUGCAGAUGCAGUAAGCCAUGGACUCAUGAAGGUCCAACUGGACAGUCAGGUCCCGGUCAUUUUCGGCCUCUUGACGGUGCUCAACGAAGGCCAGGGUCUAGCGCGAGCGGGUCUCGAGGGAGGCACCGGAAAGGAAGCGAAGGGACACAAUCAUGGAGAGGACUGGGGAAAUGCUGCUGUCGAGCUCGGGGUCAAGAGAAGAGGCUGGAAUGAGGGCAAAAUUGCAUCUUCUUGAAGAUAGACAGUAGCCGUUGUCGUUUCACAUGCAUAGGAUACAGCAUCGAGAGACAGCUCACUCGAUGAAUUUGGCUAGGUUACAGAACAGAACAUGGGUCUCACAAAAAUAAAAAGUCCGUGUUCAAGUCCUCAGGCUCUUUUGCAUGACAAGACCCGACCUAUUGAUCCAUCUUGG